UAAACGUGUCACAAGACGUGAAUCAUGACAAACAGUGCCAGUAUCUCAGAUGACUAACAUAAACAAACGGGACGGUAAGCGCGCACUCAUUUCUCCAACUCACGUGGGCUUGUGGGAAUCAAGUUAUGCUGAAAAUCCCCUUUUCUGGGGCCGAGCGUCUCUCUCUCUCUCUCUCGAUCCCCUCCCCACCGCUCUCUCUCUCGAUUUCUGGCUCAUGUUAGAUCCUGUCUGCUUCAGCAACAUCCGAAACCCCACCUCCUCCUGUCUCUCUCCCUCCCUCUCUCCACCUCGUCUCAGGCGGCGUGGAAUCCUGGCUGUGUUUAAUUGCAGAGUGGUAAGAUCUGAGGGAAAGAUCGGGAGCUGCUGUGUCUGUCAACGCUUUACGAGCCCCAACCCCGGGAGAGAGAGACAGGGAAGGUGUAGGAAGGAAGUGUUUGGAGUUUGGGAACGGGUGAGUUGGGGAAUUUGUACGCAGUGGGGAGGUGAAGAAAGAGGUGAAACGCUGAAGUAAGACUUCAGAGUUGGAGGGAAAAAAAGAGGGAGGGAAAGAAAAGAGGCCCACCGUUGGAGAAAGGGCAACAAGAGGGAAAAGUGGGAAAACAAGAAUAAGUUAGAAAAAGGAGGAAGGAAGGAAGGAAGGAAGGAAGGAAGGAAGGGGGAGGUGAGCGAAAAGUUAGAGGGAGCGAGAGAGACAGUCAAACGCAGUGAACGAGAGGAGACGCAGAUGAGAAAAACAGACGUUGUGGAUGGCCUGGGUGGAGAGAGAACCAGUUGUUUUCUAAGUCGCCUUCUGGACUGGAAUGCACUCGGAGAAUUUGAGAUUCCCGACGCCUUACUGCCAACUUUGCUUGCGACACGCGCUGGGCCCCGCCGACGGAUCAUGUCUGCGUAUGGAGUCCAGCGUAGCCCCGUUCCCGAAGGAGUUGGGUAUGGAGCGAGUGGAGAGGACUGGAGCAUCUCCGGUUUACGCCGAGGAGAUCCGGCAUCCGUGCUACAGGUGGGACUCGCCGUGCGUUCGGGAGAUCCGGCGGGAGUGCGGAUGCGUCCAGCGGUGGUAUUACCCGGAGCUGUUGCAUCCCUUCAACGGCGACCAUGUUUUGAAGGUCAGAGGGCAGCGGUGCUACUCAUCCUACAUCCAGGAGUGGGACAACGUUCAUCAGCCUGAAUACAACGGACAUUGCGAGAGGAGACGGGUGUCAUUCCGGCAUCACGAGGAGCGACCCGAGACUGGCAGACAAUCACACUGUAACGGGCCGAGCUCUGGACACGGGGGUUUUUUCCCAACCGAGGUGCCCUCCAGCAAGUUGGGAUGCUCCAGGGCACUCGGGAACGGGCUGCAGGUGAACGGACCGCAGCGGGAAGUAAGGACGUCUCGGGGGGACGCAGGUCUGGAGAAACAUGGCAAGCAGAGGAAGAGCCAGGGAACAGUACGGGAACAGAUCAAAAAAGUGGUCACAGAGCUCGAGGAAGUGCUGGGUGGUCUCAAACAGGUCCAGUUGGAGAUGAAAGAGAUUGUCCAACAGAUCGACAUUCUAACGUCCAAUAUUGACCUUGGCGAAGACGAACCAAUUCUAUCCAAUGGACUCUCCCAAGAUGCCACCAAAAGCAGUCGAACUGGUGUUGUGGCAUUGAUGCACAAUUCAAACGGCGAAGAGGACAUGUCAACUUCCAAUUCCUCUCUCGCACACAGCCCUGUCACUGUGGAUUUAGUUCAUAUUAACAGUCCUUGGCCGAUGAGAAACCGCACAAGCCCCUCCCCUCCUGAGCAACGAUCCGUUACUGUUGAGGAUAAAGGCAAACGAGUUGUGAAACAGAGCUCAGAGACUCAAAGGACGGCCAAUGGAAACUGCCUACCGCAUCGAACGGCAAGGAAAGGCCAACUGGAAAACCACAGACCCCCUGUAGCUCCAGUAGUGUGCACUAACUCAAAUAAAACCCACCGGCCUCCACCUUACCCUCAGAACGGACAGGUGAAGAUGAGGACCCCUCCCUAUCCUGGAAAACAUAAGACGCUCUCCUCCACCAUAGUGGACUGAUGCCACGGAGGAUGGAGAAUCCCGGACCGAGGGGCAGUGACUAUAUUUCCCAAGGAAAACUCCAGAAACAUCUCAAACCCCUUUUUCUCUCUCACACCCAUGCGAAAAAAAGCUAGUUUGGACCAACUUAAAGUCUCCAUGAAAUGGCAUUCACAGCUCAAUUUACUUUCAUAGUCUGAUGUAUUUCUUAUUGAAACUCAGUGAGGAAACGUGUGAGUCAUGUGGUUGGAGGGGCUGGGUCACAAAGCAAGAGGGAUUUGUGAUGUCAGCUGAAAAGGAAAGUCGUUUCAGAGGCGGAGCAAGUUGUUACAUUUUGUUGAAAGAUUAUGAAAACAAGCAUUUUUUAAAAAUAAGAAUAAUGUGCAUCAAGGAAUUUUAAACAAACAGAAACGUGUUUUAAGAAAGUAAAUAGGGUCAAUUUUUUUUUUUGCAAAUAUAUGCAUUUAAAAUGUACGUUUUUUUUUUUUUCCCUCCAGGAAAUCAGUCCAAAAAUAUGGACUAUGCAUAGACUAGACCAGUGGUUCUCAAUUCCGGUCCGUAGCAACCACAUAGCAGCAUUCUAAAAAGCCACUCACGACAUAAAACCCUAGCAACUGCAUAACAACACCUUGGCAACUGCAUAGCAACAUUCUAAAAAGCCAUGCACAA